GGGCCGCCGGUUACACUUCGGAGAGCGUUUCAGGAAAGCACAGGGCAGGGGGCAGACAAGCCGGGUGGGGGCGGGUGGCAGGCAGGCCCAGGCUGGGUGCUAGCCCAGGGACACCCACGGAAGCACCCAUGAACUAGAGAUGGUGCAACCCGGGCGCGCACGUGUUGUGCAGCCCGCUGCAUGUCUCUAUACCCUGUGGGCACCUGUCGUGUGAGUAGCUGCGGGUGUGGCUCUUCCUGGAUGCUGUGGGUGUCAGUGAGGUUUGUACCUUCGGGCCUGCCUCCCCCGUCUCCCGAGGGAAACUAAGAAGUUUAACUGAGCAGGGACACUGAGGAGAUUAAGGGAGUGGAUCUCAGAAGCGAGGCGGAGAGGGUGGGGACUGCGGGCACAGCGGGUAGGGAAGCACCUAGUUAACCCAUCUCCCGGCCAGAAAAAGCGUCUUGAAAAGGCUGGCGUGACCCAUGUGCUCUGAAAUGUCUAGAGAGCCCCGAGCGGUGAUGAUCACAGAGUGAGUGGCACUGGGCUGAGCCUGUCUAAAUCGUGGACAAGAGGGAUGCUAGCAUUUAGAAAGGCCAGGAGGAAACUCAGGAUGGGCACCAUCUGCUCUCCCAAUCCCAGCGGGACAAAGGCGGCCUCGGAGGUCUGCAAUGCUGACUGGAUGGCCUCGCUCCCCCCUCACCUCCACAACGUCCCCCUUUCCAAUCUGGCAAUCCCAGGCUCCCAUGAUUCAUUCAGCUACUGGGUAGAUGAAAAGUCCCCAGUGGGGCCUGACCAAACCCAAGCUGUCAAACGCCUCGCCCGGAUCUCCUUGGUGAAGAAGCUAAUGAAGAAGUGGUCUGUAACUCAGAACCUGACCUUCCGGGAGCAGCUGGAGGCUGGCAUCCGCUACUUUGACCUGCGUGUGUCUUCCAAGCCGGGGGACACCGACCAAGAGAUCUACUUCAUCCAUGGGCUCUUUGGCAUCAAGGUUUGGGAUGGAUUGAUGGAGAUUGAUGCAUUCCUCACUCAGCACCCUCAGGAGAUCAUCUUCCUGGAUUUCAACCACUUCUACGCCAUGGAUGAGGCCCACCACAAAUGCCUGGUUCUGCGGAUCCAGGAGGCCUUUGGGAACAAGCUGUGCCCAGCCUGCAGUGUGGAAAGCAUGACACUUCGAAGCCUGUGGGAGAAGAAAUGCCAGGUUCUCAUUUUCUACCACUGCCCCUUCUACAAGCAAUACCCAUUCCUGUGGCCAGGAAAGAAAAUUCCAGCACCCUGGGCAAACACCACAAGCGUGCAAAAACUGAUCCUCUUCUUGGAGACCACCCUGAGUGAGCGAGCCCCACGUGGGGCCUUCCAUGUCUCCCAGGCCAUCCUCACCCCAAGAGUGAAGACCAUUGCCCGAGGUCUGGUGGGGGGUCUCAAGAACACACUAGUUCACAGGAAUCUCCCUGCCAUCCUCGACUGGGUGAAGACUCAAAAGCCUGGAGCCAUGGGUGUCAACAUCAUCACAUCUGACUUCGUGGACCUGGUGGACUUUGCCACGACCGUGAUUGAGUUGAAUGACCUUCUAGAGGACCGAGCUCUGACUAAGUGUUGAAUUGAUGCUUUGUUUAAUUUGAUGUUGAGAUUGUUGAGCUAAGGUAGGAUUCUCGAAGGUUCCAGUUAGGAAGGCUCACUGCUGGUCAGUCCUGGAGAAGUGAGGAAGAGAAAGAGGGCCCUCCCCCUUUCCUCACGUAGCUAUUUGGAUAAAACUCUGGGGAUUUUCAUUGCAUUUCCCUAAAUGAGACUUUUAAAAAUUUAAGUCUAAGGGAAGAAUGCGUAUUUUAUAUGGUCAAGGUCAGGAUCUCCCCAGUGGCUUAUGGUGGCAAAUAGAAGGCGGAAGUAUGGUUUCCUGAUUCCAUGGGCUAUGCAACAUCUUAAAUGACCCAGCUUCCUAUCGUCUUCUGGGGGCAUUUGAGCCUGUGUGAAGACUAAAUCGGAAAGGCAUUCCUGGUCAGAAGAACAGCAAUGGCGCAUGCAGUCAUAGACCACCCUCUGGGAGGUCUUUGCCAUUAACCAAGAACUCUGAGGGGCUCCUAGGAAGCCAAGCUCCAGGUUCUCUCUUGAACUGUACAAUAUCACCACUUCUGUACGAGAGCAAGACCUGUUUAUUACCACACUGUUCAGCCACAGGCUGGCUCCGGAAGUGGUCCCCUCAAGUUUUCAUGUAAACAGUGCACACUACCCUUGGCAUCAGAACUGUAUUUCCCUGACUUAAAGUAUUGAUUCUUUUCAUUUCCUUUUGGGCCCCCUCUUUAAAAUGAAAGGAAUGGUGGUGGGGAAUCAUUUGUGUGAGGGCCCAACAGGAGCUAAAUGUGCAUGUUUGCUGCAUGCCAGAAUUCUUUGAUUUAAUCCUGUAGCUUUCUCCCCAAGUGACUAUCGGGAAAGUCCCUGCGUCCCUUUGGCACAGACUUCUUGGGAGCGAGGUCUUCAAGCCGGCACUGGAAUCAGUCUUUGAUGGUUGUCUGCCUGGGACCUGGUCUGCUGCGGGACACAAUGCUAAGCGGACACAACGCUAACCCGAAGGCUGCUUGUCCGUGACACACUGGAGGCUGACACAGGAUGUGUGGGAAUGUGCAAUGGCGUUAAAGGAGACAGUUCCAAGCGGGUUCGGAGCCAGUCUGUAACCCCGCAAACGAGACUACCUCGGGGAUAUGUAGGGUGACUUGUAUAUCGUCAAGUGAGGAAAAAAAAAAAAAAAAGCAAUGCUGGAACAUUUCCGCUUGUUUUUCCCUUUGGUCUUUUUUCUGUGGAUCAUCCCGCCAACUAGCCACCUCUGCGCGAGGGCUUGGAAACUCAAGAGGGGAUUUCUUUUUUUUAAUUGAUAAGAAGUGGUUUUUUUUUAAUUGAUAAGAGCCCUCUUUUGUUUCCUUUGUUUUCUGUAUUUAUUCAUUAUUUAUUCAGAGAGCAAGCAUCUGCAAUGUUUCUUGCCUCAAGAGCACUCACACAGAUGUUUACUGGACUUUUCCUACCCAAGAUGGAUGCUGCUGUGGUCUUCCACCCACGCACUGGAUGGUGCAUCUCAGGGCUGUGAGUGAUCUUGGACUUUGCUGUAGAGGUCCUACCCUACCCCAAAUCCUGCUGAGGAUGGUGUAUAGGUAUGGAUGAGAUCCCGAUCCAGGAAGCCACUGCCGAAGGCAUACACUGGGACAGAAGGGAAAGGGUCAUGAAAAACUACAUGGGCACUUCUAUAGAGCACUGGAAAGAGAGGCGCUAGGAAGAACAGCUGAGCACAGACAUGCUUUGAUACCCCUCAGCCCUACCUGAGAAUCCCUGAGGAGAUGUCAGAUUCCAGGUUCCUAAGGAGGAAUAUAAACAGGCAAUUCUGAGGUGUGGGGGGAGUGGGCAUUUACAGAGACUGCUGGACCCUCUCCUAGGAGCUCUCAUAUCUAUCCUUUGGCUUCCUAGUUAGGUUGUGCAUGCUGACUGCAGUGAGGAGAUCUUGAGCAAGCUAUUGAAAACACAUGCACGCCCAUCACUCUUUUUCAUCUGGCCUUUUUUUCUUCCUAAAGUAAUUUAGGCCUUGACUUUGUAAUCUCCAUAGUCCAUGGAGGCCACAGCACAAAGGCCUCUGGGAAAACCUGGUUUAAUUUCCCCUUGUUCUUGAAUUUUAAUCCAUCCCAGAGGAGGCUUCCAGAAUGAUCUUGUCAAAUUUGGUGGAGCCUUCUUCUCUGCACCGGGCUUCUUCAUUGCAUAGGAGUAUGUACCCUCGUCGUCUUAAUGGCCCUCCAAUUAUGAUACUGAGCCUCUCAAAGAAGCUCUGAGAACCUUGACCUACCCUCAGGUUUUUCUUUCUCUUUUUCUUGUUGCAUUUUGUUUGUUCGUUUGGUCUUAAUUUUCAAUCAGUUACCGGGGUCUAGGUCGUUCUCCAUCCAUUAACCCUUUGUUACUUGGCAAGGAGAUAAGGAGACAGAGGAGAGCCACUCUGCUCUGUUUUAGCGGAGCCGCAGCUUUGUCCAGGUGCUUGGUGCUACGGGGCUCCGACGUGUCAGUGGGUAUCUGCACCAGAUAUCCAGUUCACUUUAAGGCUGUCGACUGUUCAGUGAAUCGUUUACUUCGUCUUUUCCUUUUGUUCUUCAAUGCACAGUUGUACUUCACUUAGGACAUGCACGUGCACCCCAGUAUUUGCAUGCUGCACCGUCAAACAAAACACAGAAGCACAGGACACUCCCACGGCCACGUGUAUGGCCCCUGCUCCUGUAGUGAGCACAUGCGCUAGCUCCUCCAUGCUGCUUUAGGGUCUUGGCCUUGUUGACAUUUUGAAAGUCUGAGGGGUAAGGGGGAGGGUUAUUCACAGUUUUCCCUGGUAAUUAUUCAAAUCUCUGCCCCAAGACAAAGGCUUCCAAUGAUGUAAAGGCUGCAUGUAUCCUGUUCCUUGGAGACCAGGUAGAAUCUCGGGUGAGAUGGACAGAAUAAACAGAAUUUAGUUCCCAUGGCUCAUUCUGCAAUAGUUACCAGUAAGAAUUCUGACCCCCACAUGUCACGUGUUCUCAAAAUUCCUGGCAAUCAUUCAGAUCAAAAUCGGGCUCUCACAAUUGUUCAGAAUCAAUGUCAAGAGCAACUAAAAUGCUGCUUUGUUAGCUUGUUAGUUUCACAGAAUUGGGGGCCAUUUCCCUUUAGAAAUUGAACCGAGUUCUUCAUGCGCUUUCUGCAUCAUUCCAGCACGGCCCAGUUUCCUUGAUGGGCCAGACAUGCUAGGUUUCUGAUGGUUAAAACUCAAAGCUUGAACACUGAACUGCUCAAGUUCCAUGUCUGUUAGGGAUAGAGAGAGAGUUCUUAGGACUGAAGAGAGAUCUCAGGGUAGACGUGAUGGAAGGGACUGAUGAGUGUUUCAGGAUUUGGUCUGACAUCAUGGCAGUCUUAGAAAUCAUGCAAAAAAAAUGCUCAUAUUUGCUGCUUGAGAUUUGAUACUCAUUAUUUUCUUUAGUGCUGGGUCUAAUCCCUUGAAUUUUUUAGAAUAGUUACUAAGAGUUCAAAUCCAGGAUUUUAUAUACAUGCAAAGAAAAGCACAAGAUCUGAGCAGAGGUAAUGACAAACCUUAAGAAUCUCAGGUCUUUCAUAACUUCAUAUUCACAUUCGAAAUGUAUGCUUCUAUUCAAGAAGGCAACGAAGUGGAGCAGUCUGAGAUUAAAUGGAGCUUUCUGGUGUAUUGGGAUAUCCAUGUGGGUUUUUUUUUCUUCAGUCUUACCAGUAGGAAGCAAUCCCAAAGAGGCAUGAUACAGCCCGGCCAUUAGCACAGAGUGAAAGGUGAAGACCCAGAAGAAAUUCAGGCUGAAAGGACAUUGCUGUCUUCUCUAAGAAGCAAAAGGGCUACACAACAACAUCAUAACAGAAGUUUUAUGAUGUGCUUAAUGGUCUAUUAAGUUCUGGGAUACAGAACCAGAUAAUGAAUGGGCCACAGCCUCGAGAUCUCCUCCCUUAGCUGAGCAACUGAUCCUGGGCUAACCUGUCCUUGGUUCUUUCAUCUUUAGUAAUGAUGCAAAUCUCAGUUGACUGGUCCAUGAUCUGUCUGGUACAUCUUAACCCUCUUCUUAGGCUGCUUCCUUGUAAUUGGUACCCUGGUUUCAUACUCCAUAGCAUCACCUUGGGACACAGGAGAGUGAACUGACCGAAUAACAAGUGGUGUCGAUGUAAACUUCCCCUUAUUUCCAGAUGGUUCUAAUCAGCUCUUUACUGCCCCAGGAGACCGCCUAUUUCCACAACCUUUGGAUUCCCCCAGCAUUCUGCUCCAAAAACUGGCACUAACGGCCACAUGUCUGAGCUAGCCGAACUCGGAGGCAACCCUGUGAUGAUGCUAAUGAUUUAAAAAAAAAAACAAUAGUAAAGUUUUGGACACUGUUGAAAAUCUCCUGAGAUAAGGAUAUUCUGCUCUCGCAUCAAGUGUGUUUUAGCAUCAACUCCAGCAAACUUGUUCUUAGGAUAUAUCAAGCCCAUUUUAAAACAAAAUGGUUUGACUAAGCCCUCCCACCCUUGGGGGGAAUUCAGAAGCGUAGGCUGUUGAGGCGACUGCAUCGACAGUCCAGAGGCAUUUUCUGUCCUCCUGUCCUUCUGUCCCAUGCCCUUCACAGAAUGCUACUUUCUCCUGUCUACUAGCGUCCCCCGUCAUCUGCCAGUGACCGCAUCACAAGAUGCUGAUAGAAGGUGCGGUCCGACUGUCGUGAUAGUUACUCUUUACUCUUCUCCAACGCAUUGUUCUGCCUCCUACUCUCUCACCCAGGCAUUAGCACUAUGCUUAACUGGAGCCCUGAAAUGGGGACCAACACUUAAUUCAGAUAGCACAGGCUUGCUCACAGUGUCAAGCCCACUAAGAAGCAUAGCACUUUGAAAAGUCAUAUAGGCCUUUGGCAGCUCUGUACAGUUGCAAUGUCACACCUGUUAUCAGUUUAUAGCACUAAUAACACAUCAGUUAUAGAUCUAUAGUGUCAAGAUGGUAAGUCUUAGAUCAUAUUCUAGAAACAAUAUUACCUUGCUGCUACUAAUUAUUACCCCAAUAUUCAUAAGUAUUAAAUUCAGGUUGUGUAUGGAUUAUUUGUAUUAUGUGUAUACCAACUGUAAUACUUAGCCUCUGUGAUCAGUAAUUUAAAAUUACAGAAAUUGUCAUAGUUAAAAAAAUUCUUGGUCAGUUCAAAUAAUUCAUGUAUGUGAUAAAUGCUGUAAUGGAGAUUCCGUUUUAUCUUCUAUUACUUGAUUUAUACUGCAAUGCAUGUGGUUUGCUAAACUUAAGAGAUAAUCAUCAAUUUUACCAAUUUUAAGGUUAGGGAUAAAAUUGUGCAUAUAUGCUACUUGCUCCUCUGAAAUGUGUUCUGUGGCUUGUCACCUUCAUAGAUAUUUCACUUGACUUCUUUCCCUUUAGGAAGUGAUUGUUCAAUUACAUCCCUUUUCUUCUUCCUUGUAACCUGGAUUAAAUCACACGAUUCAUCCUAAAAUAUUGUGAAGCCACAAUACCUCAUUUUAAUUGUGAAAACAAAAAGUGUGAAUAGGUCCGAUCAUGUGAUAUGCUUCCCUGUGUUUGAUUUGAGCCACUUAUCAAGGUUUAAUCUUAGUAAUAAACAUGAAUCUUUAAUA